UCUUCGGGGAAGUCACGCGGUGUUGUGCGAACAUGUCACUGGGGUUUCUCCGACGCCGGUACUUGACAGUUCAACUUAUACUUGUCAAUUAAACUUAAAAAAAAAGCGUUGUCGGAAUCUCGGCCACGUCGUUAUGAGGCCGCCAUAAGCGUAUCUACCGCGUUCUAACGCAUAUGGACAGUUCAGCAGGCUGCUCGUCCUCAGAGGCGGACGGCAGCAUGUCCCGACCCACAGCCCGCCCGGGUCAAGCCUCCUCCAAGCACAGGGAGCGCCCGUCCGCCUCACCUAGGCGACGACGGGAGGCCAAGAAGUCGCAGCGGCGGGGGGAUGGUCAGGAACAGCUGCUCCGGGAGUUGGAGCAGCACAGGUUGCCGGGCCAACGCGAGCACUCAGAGGCGUCCGGCUCAGUGAGCGACACAGCGGAAAGUUCACCUAAGAGGAGAGCUCACUUCCUUCAUGGACCGUAUCCAGCCACUCACUUUGGACCCAAAGCCUGUAUUCUUCCCAACCCCACUUCAGUCAUGCACAUCCAGGAUCCAGCCAGCCAGCGCCUCACCUGGAAUAAACCUCCAGUCAACGUUCUCGUCAUCAGGAAGAUCCGAGACGAGAGCCUGGUGGAGCCGUUCAAGGAGCUUUGCAGGUUUCUAGUCGAGGAGAAACAGAUGAUGGUGUACGUGGAGCGCAGGGUGGCUGACGACGGUACGCUCUCUGAGGACGAGAACUUUGGCUCCAUCCGAAAUCAGCUGUGCACCUUCAGAGAGGGUUACGAUGAUAUCUCUGACUGCAUUGAUCUGAUCAUCUGCCUGGGAGGGGAUGGAACGCUGCUCUACGCCUCCUCUCUCUUCCAGGCUAGCGUUCCUCCAGUGAUGGCGUUCCAUCUCGGCUCCCUGGGAUUCCUCACGCCCUUCAAGUUUGAGUCGUAUAAAACAGAAGUGGACAAAGUGUUUGAAGGGAAUGCAGCCAUCACGCUGCGCAGCCGCCUGAAGGUGAAGGUGGUGAAGGAGAUGUUGGAUCGGACGGCCUCGCAGCAGCCGGAGCACAACGGCGUGCUCCCUCACCGAUACACCAGCAGCGAGGCGGGCAAGGUCACCUUGCAGCUCCAGGUGUUGAACGAGGUGGUGGUCGACCGUGGGCCCUCGUCCUACCUGUCUAACGUGGACUUGUACCUGGACGGACGUCUCAUCACGUCCGUGCAAGGAGACGGCGUGAUCGUGUCCACGCCCACUGGCAGCACGGCGUACGCGGCGGCGGCAGGGGCGUCCAUGAUCCACCCCAACGUGCCAGCCAUCAUGGUGACCCCCAUCUGUCCGCACUCGCUCUCCUUCAGGCCCAUCGUGGUCCCCGCCGGGGUGGAGCUCAUGAUCACCUUGUCCCCCGACGCCAGAAACACCGCCUGGGUGUCCUUCGACGGCAGGAAGAGGCAAGAGAUCCAGCACGGCGACUGCAUCAAAAUCACGACAUCAUGCUACCCGGUCCCGUCCAUCUGCUGCCACGACCUGGUCUACGACUGGUUUGAGAGCCUGGCGCAGUGUCUGCACUGGAACGUGCGCAAGCGACAGGCACGCCUCGCCGAGACCUCUGACUCGUCGGAUACGGAAAACUGAACCCCCCCACGUCAUGCCAAUCCACAUGCUUUUACUGAGCCAGACGCCCACUACAUUCCAAUUCAUGUUGCCAUGGCGACCUCUUCACGUGUACAUAAUAUGUACAUACAGCCUUGCAGGUAGUAUUAAUGUCAUAUUUAUAUAUUUGUAAACAAUGUUGUCAUUGUGCUUAGAAUAAAACUAAGAGCCAAAGAGACACCCCCCCCUCCCAAAAAAAGUGCUUUCUACAUUUUUAUUGCAAUAAGAUAUUUCCAGACAUCAAAUAUUUGUAUUGAAAUUAUACUCUUGAGUAUUGCAUGAGGAGACGCCCAUGUUCAACGACUAGAAGACAAGAUGGUACCCCCCUCCCCCUCCCCAACUGGCACAAACGUGUGAUGAGCAAGUAGAAGAUGGUAUCACCGAAUACUACAAUUGUACAACAGCCAACAACGUGUGACAUGGGAGAGAGAGAGAGAGAGAGAGACGCCAGAGAAACAAAACCAUAAACCGGACAAAUUGAGAGAGAAAAAAAAAAAAGUGGAAUAAAUUAAGAAGAAAAAUUCCUAGAGUGGGAUAUAAAAACAAAGUAUGGGUAAUAUCUCCUAAGAAGAGGAAAUGGAGGGAGGCAGUUGGCAAACACGGUAUGCAUAAUUCUCUUUUUCUAGAGUAAUAAAAAUCCAAAUAGAAAUAAUUCAUACUUUGAAAAAAAAUGAGCUAAAUGGACGACCCCAAAACUUCCACUGUGCUCGUGCGGGACGCUAGACGUCAUUCGUAGCAUUUAUGGCACCUUGAAAUGUUGCGGCGGCUGCUCCGGAGCGCUCAGUUCGCCAUCGCAGACCGACCGACCGCAAGCAAGCAAGCAGCCGCUUUUCUGCUCUUGUUUGAAAUGACACGAUGAGUUUGGUCCCUGUUGUUGCUCCCCUUGGGAAGCGAUGGCAG